AUGUCGGACGGAAGAUACGUUGACGGCAGUAUCUAUUUCUAUGCCCCCAAUAAGGGCGCUCCAGUAUUCUUUGCCGUUGCCUUCGCGGCAUCUGGCAUCUGUCAUAUCUAUCAGUGCUUUCACUACAAAAGCUGGAGACUAACCAGCUUCUACGUCACAUGCGCUGUCCUCUUCACCGCCGGCUUCAUUGUCAGAGAACUUGGUGCCUUUGAUUAUGGUGACCUGGUCAAGUUCAUCGUCACCACCUGUCUGGUAUACGCAGCGCCACCCAUCGCCGAAUUGGCCAAUUAUAACAUCCUCGGAAGGAUUCUGUACUACGUCCCCUACCACUCACCGAUCCAUCCUGGCCGCGUUAUCACUACCUUCGCCUUCAUCUCCACCGUUGUCGAGGCACUCAACGGCAACGGUGCAUCGCUAAGCGCCAACCAGUCUCUUCCGCGCUGGAAACAAGAACUUGGUCGGAACCUCCUCAAAGCCGCGCUCCUUAUCCAGCUCGUUGUUAUCGCUUUCUUCCUUCUCCUAGCCGGUACAUUCCACAGGCGGUGCCGUCGAAGCGGCAUUAGGAGCGCCAAGCUCGAGAAUGUUCUUUACACGCUCUACGCAUCAACAAGCCUCCUAACCAUCCGGACCAUCUACCGGGUGGUCGAGUACUGGAGCGUGGCGGACCUUCACUACGACGACAAAUCUCUGGAUCCGAUGUCGCUCAGCCCCAUCAUCCGUUACGAGUGGUUCUUUUACGUGUUUGAGGCGAGUCUGAUGCUUGUGAACCAUGUGCUGAUGAACGUCAGGCAUCCGAGGAGGUACCUGCCGAAAAGCACAAAGACGUAUUUGUCGGCAAGGGACGGCAAGACCGAAGUCACUGGGCCGGGAUACAAGGACUCGAGACCGUUCUUGUUGACGCUAGUUGAUCCGUUCAAUCUGGGAGGGCUGAUCAGGGGAAAAAGGGAUGGUAACGUAAAGUUUUGGGAGGAGGAUGACGGGCACGAAGCUGACAAGCUGGAAAGCCAAAAGGUCAAGGCUAAGGAUUAUGUCAAUGAGGAUGUUGAAGCGGCGAGAUGA